UUGAUUUUUUUAAAGAGUUUUCAGGAAGUCUGGGGGAGGGGCAAUGCAGUUUUUUUGUUAAACUGGGCCCCUUUGUCGAGAUGGAACAAGAGGAAAGAUCUAUCUGCUUGUGGUGCAUACACACAUCAGUUAUUCUCAGGGAAACUUCCCAUCGCCUGUAAAAGGCACUGGGCCACCGCAGUACUGGGAGAGGGGGUGGGGGGCCAGCUGAGAAUGGAGCUGCUAGUGCUGCUCAAUGCCCUGGUUACACGGCUGCUCUUUGUUUUACACUCUCUGAUCGGGGUUUGGAGGGUGACUGAAGUGAAGAAGGAACCCAAGUACUGGCUGCUGGCAUUGCUCAACCUCCUCCUGUGCCUGGAAACUGGGCUCACCCUCAAGUUUAAGCAAGGCAAAGGCUACAAAUGGUUUUCUCCAGCAAUAUUUUUAUAUCUGAUUAGCACAGUACCAUCAUUAUGGCUACUAGAAACUCAUCGUGAAACUCAGUUUUGCAGUAAUGAAGCUGAACAAACAUGGGAAAAUAUCAGCAACAGAGAAGACUUCAAUCAGUUAACAGAGAGCACUCCCAAAAAUGAGGGAGCAGAUCAUCACAUAAUUGAGUCGGCUAGAGUUUUUGUCUCCCAGCUCUCCACAGUGUGUGAGACUGUAUGGACACUAGGACUCCACCAGACUUUUCUGCUGCUACUAAUAAUAGGGAGAUGGCUUCUUCCCAUUGGUGGUGAAAUCACUCGUGAUCAAUUGUCACAGCUGCUACUUAUGUUUGUGGGAACUGCAGCAGACAUACUUGAAUUCACUAGCGAGACCUUGGAAGUAGAAAAUGUAAGGCAUAACCAUGCUCUUGUUUAUGCAAUUCUUUGUGUAUGGACUUGGAGUAUGUUGCAGUUUCCACUUGAUCUUGCAGUGCAACAUAUUGGCUGUAAACUAUCUGUGUCAUCUACGAGAGUCCCCACUUUACUGCUGUGCAGACACAGCGCAGAUCUGUGGAACAUUGGAAUCAGCCUUUUCAUACAAGAUGGCCCUUUCCUUGUUUUACGUUUGAUACUGAUGAGCUAUUUUAAAGUAAUUAAUCAGAUGCUGGUGUUUUUCACAGCGAAGAAUAUCUUAGUUGUGAUGUUACAACUGUACCGUCUAAUAGUGCUAUCGUUAGAUUUCCGUGCUUCCCUGCAGUAUCUACCAAGCAGCCGGAUAGGAGGAGUCAGCUGCUGCCCAUGUGAGCCUAAUGAUACCACUCUCCCACCCAGAGACGGGGAUACUGAUAUGAGAGAAUGCACUGCUAUUCCUCUGGAGGAUUCGCCAGUCCCAUCAGAAUAUCAGUGAACUCAGCUGUUUAUUCGCUACAACACGGUCUGUUUCCUGUGGCCUUUUGGAAGGGUUUGGCCUGUUUGUAUUAUCAUGGUUCUUACUCAUCUCCCUUCCACCACAAAAUGAAAUUUUUGUUCUAAAAACCAGGAGAAGACUUUGAAGCGAUGUCACAGAAAGGAGAACUUUUUGAUCCUAUUGAAUUUGGGGGAGGGGGGAAUGGGGGGGGUGUUUCCACCACAUCCGUAUUAUAUUUAUCCAAUGGGAUUAGGUAGGUGUAGUUUAUAGAACUACAAGGUUUGAAAUUGUAUGUGAUGCAUUAACAAACUUGGUUACUGUCUUUGGAGGCAUUAUGUUAAAGAAUGUGCUC